ACUUAAGUAUGAAAACGUGGCAGUGAUAUAAUUUUCAAAUUCUUUUGAAGAUUAAGAGGGAGAUGAAGAUUUCCGUCAUAGUAAUAAUUUUGUCUGUAUUGAGUGUUUUUGAUGCAAGGCCGGUCAAAAAGACACAAGAUGAAAGAAAACAACGUGCGAAGAGAUAUCUUAUGAAGUAUGGUUAUAUGGAUCAUUACGUUGCAUUUCUCAGUGACACACAAUUCCGCAGAAUAUUAAAAAGAUUUCAACAAUUCGCUAACUUACAGCAAACAGGUAUUGUUGAUGCACCAACAUCGACCAUGAUGGAUCAAACGAGGUGCGGCUUAAGGGAUCCUCAAAUGCGCUUCAACAAGUUAGGAGAAUAUAUAGUUCAGGGAACAAAGUUUCACAAGAAAAACAUAACAUGGUGGUUGGAGAGAAAGGGAAAAAGUUUAGACAAAAAAACUAUUCUCUCUGCUAUCAAGAAAGCAAUGAAACAAUGGAGCAAAAACAUUGAUGUCAACCUUGUCGAAAACAAGGAAAAUCCCGAUAUACUCAUCCGAUUUGUUACUGGAUAUCACGAAGAUCCGUACUCCUUUAAUGGGCGCGGUCAUUCUUUUGGUCACGCUUUCUAUCCAUUGAAUAACAAAGGACUUAGUGGAGAUAUUCAUAUCGAUGAAGAUGAAAAUUUUACAGCAGAUAAAAAUGAUAAAAUAUCCUCAAACACUGUUAAUCUUUUAUGGGCAAUUACACAUUUGACAGGUCAUUCUUUAGGCUUGGAACAUCAAAAUGAUCCAAACUCGAUUAUGUAUCCAUGGCAUGUGAUGAAAGAUAUUCAGCUGGAUGCAAAUGACAUAAAGGGAGCGCAAAAAUUAUACGGUCCCAAACGCAGUAUCAAAACACCGUCAACAAAAGCGAAGACGGCAGUCAAAACAAAUAUAACCAUGAAGAGAAAGCCGAUGCCGUCUAAAACAUCAACUACGACAAUAAAGACGUCAACAGAAACGCCAACGGUGACGAUAAAAACGGCUACAACAGAAACAUUGGCGAGAGACACGAAGAAAAAGCCGAUGCCAGCUAAAACAUCAACUACGACGAUGACGACGUCAACAGAAAAGCCGACAGUGACGACAAAAACGGCUACAACAGAAACAUUGGCGAGAGACACGAUUACAAAUUCGACAUCAGCGAAAACAUCAACGACGACUACGAGAAAGACGACGUCAACAGACACAUCAAAGAAGGCGACGACACAGACAGCAACUUACUUGCAAGUGGGAUAACCAUAAACACAAAAUUUGAUUGAAUAUAAAUGCUUGUAUAAAUGCUUCAUGAUUAGUAACUUAUAUUGGUUAGAAUGUUUCCAAAGAGACUACUUA